AUGAUCUUCAAUAAGUCUGCAUUCCUUUUGGCGCUCGUCACUGCCGCGCUUGGAGCACCGAGCAUGAUCGCUAUCGAGGUUCCCGAGCAAGACCCUGCGCCUGUCAAUGACGGUCGGGUUGUUAUCAACGUGUUCGGAGGCGGCGAGAACGACACUCCGGCAUGGCCUACUUGUCGACCUGAUGGCACCAAGUGCAAAUUCAACUCCAGCUGCUGCUCCGGCUACUGCAGUUGGCAUGGGGGCUAUAAGUGUGCUCCGAAAAAAUCCAAGGCGGCGGAUGACGAGAUGUGA